CUCUCGCGAGGCCCGCUCAGGACGCGCGCGCGAAGGGCGGCUGGGUGUUAUGGCGCCUUGGAGAGCGAGGCCGGUUUCCAAUGGUAGGAUUUCUUCAGAUCCCUGAUCUUGAGCGAGCGUUUCACAUCCAUGUGUGAGACGCUGACAAAAAUAAAUCCUAAGAUGGGUUACCUGCUGAAGGCAGUCAGGUACUUGUGCAGGUGCAGCCCCGGGCCCAGACCGUCAGCUCCUACAAGCGGGUGCGUUGUAUGGAGCAGCAGGCACAGGGAUCGCCUGGAGAAUGUGAACUGCAGGAAGUUGUUUCUAAAUACUUUUCCCUCUCUAUGUGGAUCGCCUCUUCGAUUUCUGUCUCAAAAAGCAGAUGUUUUCGGCACAGGUGAUGAAGCACAGCAGGAAAAGAGUAGAGAGGUUGCGGUGAGCGAGCAGGCUCCGCAGAGCUCCUUGGAAAUGGAGAAGUUGGAUGGUGAUGCACAGAGCUUUGGAGUGAAGGCAGUGCUGGAUCAAAAUGAACAGUUCUUUAACAGACUCCAUAAGUGCGCCUGUCCUAGUGAUGUACUGGACUUGGCCUCAGAGUCUGCUUUCUCCAUCAAGCAGUUCACCAACUGUUUAACUACCAUGUGGAAACUCUUGAGAAAGAUGUCAGAAGACCAGCGGCGCUACGAGAAGCGGCUCAUCUUUGAGCACCCGGCCUUCGUCAGGCUUUGUCAGCAGCUGCUGCAGCACUCCAGGAGGAUGACACGGGGCGACCUGGUGUUCAGUCUGCACGCUGUGGUGAACCUCGGUGUUCCUCAGAAUACUCUCUUAGUGCAGACUUUGUUGAGAGUGUGCCAAGAGAAGCUCAAUCAACUGGAUAACCGCUGUAUGUCAGUUUUGGCCACUACGUUAGCCGGGAUGGAUGAAGACAAGAAUGUGAGCGCUCUUCAAGCUGGAUUACAAUUACUAGUAGAGCAGCGACUCCCAAGCAUCAGAGAUAUGUUCAUACUGCAAAACUUGAUGAAAUGUAUGGGAAAGGAUGCUCCAGUCUUUCUGAAAAAGAAAUUAGAGAUGGCAGUUUGGAGAGAGAUAGACCACAUGACUUACCCGAAUGCUCACCGUGUGUUUUUGGGUCUUGUUGCAAUGAAGUAUUGUUCCAUUCCAAUCCUGAAUGCCUGCAGUAAAAAGAUCCAGGAGAAUAUUCACGAUGCUCCGUUUUGGCAAUUAAUUCUUAUUCUGGAAGCUUGUCACAGUCUACAGUACCGUAAUAUAAAACUGUUUUCAACAGUAGCAGACUAUGUUAAUUCUGUUGUCUGCCUCUUGGACAAAAGACAGAUUAUCCUUUUUCUUUCUGCCUUCGAGUCACUUGGCUUUCAGCCCACUGAGCUGAUGGGUGUUCUUGCUGAGAAAGUUACAGAAGACUCCGAAUUCCUGGACUUGAAAAGCCUUUUGAUUGUUCUUCGAGUGUAUUCACGACUCAACUAUAUUCCCAGAGGCCAACAUCAUUUGUUUUAUGAGACUCUUCACAGCUGCUUGAAUAAGUACCUUCCCCAGAUUUCCAAUACAGAACUACUGAAGGCGGUGUAUUCACUUUGCAUCUUAGGAUAUCUUCCUCAUCGUGCACUCGAUCAGCUGCUGAAAAAGGACAACUUUGAAGAACUUGUGUCAGGUGAUCUUUACAAGGAAAAAAGGGAAACAAUGCUUCACUGUGUGAGAACAUGUAUGGAACUUGAUAGCCCUUCCUUCAUGAAGCCUGCAUUUGUGCCAACUGAAAGCUUCUCUUCAUUAGUAUCUGUUAAUCUCAGAAAGGCUCGGGAGGCACUGCUAGAACUUCUGGGAGAUGAGAACAUGUUUCGGCAAAAUGUUCAGCUGCCAUAUGAGUAUCAUAUUGAUUUUGAAAUCUGGAUGGAUUCAGACAGAAAGAAAGUGCUCCCAGUAACUGCAGCAGACAGUUAUGCUGAAAUAAGUGCUCAAAGACUGGCUUUUCUCUUUGUUCCUCCCUCUGCUUUUUGUUUGGGUACAACACACCCCCAAGGGAAGCUUGCAAUGAAGAAGCGCCAUCUAAGUAAACUGGGCUAUCAUGUGAUUCUGGUCCUGAACAAGAGGUUUCAAGAACUGACGACUGAAGGUGCCAUUGAGUUUUUGAAAGGAAAAAUCUAUUCUGAAAACAUUUCCUCUUUUUCUGAAGUGAAUUUGUAUGAUAAUAAUUAAAGCAAACCAACAAUUUUA